UUAAAAAAAUCACGUGGUUCAUGUUUACACUAUGAUAAACAAUUUGUUAUUAAUCAUUAGUUCUCCUUUAAUUUUUUUUUAAUUGCUGUUUAGUUAAAAUGAAAUAAAACAAUGCCAUAACUGUGAUAUGUAUAAGUUUGAAAACUUUUGUGUCCGAGAAUCAAUAUGGGAAAACAUUGAAAGUCUAACUAAUUGUGUGGAAGAAAAAAAUCAAAUUAAAAAGGCUAUUGGCGAAUCUUUGGUUGAUGAGACACUUGAUUUACAUCAAGAGGUGGCAAUUUUGUAUGAAAUAUGGAAAGAAUAUCAUGAAGAAGUGAGUAACAACAUGCUACCUGAGCCGCCACUACAAAGAGAAAAUCUGGAGAAGCAAAUUGGUUUGUUAGUGAAGUUGUUGCAACAAAAGGUUGCAAAGCAAGGUGGAAGAUCUCUUGGUGUUACAUUAACAGAUGAAGAAAGAGCUUUAGUCAAAAAUGUUGCUAAACGUAAGUGUCCAACAUCUUGUCAAACAUGUGAAAGUUCAAAGCAACAACUUUCGUCAGCUUCCUCCAGUCACACAACACCAUCAAGUGGAUAUGACUCAAGGUGUUCAUCUUCAUUAUCUGUUGAUUUGAAUGUUUUGCAAGAUAGUAUAAACAUGAUGGAAAUGGACAAAAUUGUGCAACCCCUUCAGGAAGAUUUUGAAGACGAACGAAAAGGAUUGCUUCAAGACAUCCAGUACAUUCAAGAUGCAUUGAUAUAUGAGGGUGAGGAAGAAAACAAAAGACGGAAACAACGGUCGCCGACAUUGACAGAGCUACGUCGAUUAAGUAGCAAAUUGGAAAAAGAAGUGUUACUAGACGACCCAUUUAAAUUUUCCGCUGUCUCUUCCGAUAUCAACCCACCGCAUUGUGGUAUGUCGUCCAUCCAGCGAAGUCCUUCUACCGAAAUACAUUCGAAGAUGUCACCAUCACCGCCAAGUACUGCAUGCACGUCAUCCUUCCGUCGUAAUCACGUCUUGUCGCCGUUAAACUCACCCGGAAAGUUAGUAGCAGCUAAAACAUUUUCGUUACCUUUAAAGGGAGAACGCGAGGUACGGAAAGACGACAAUGGUAAUAUUCAUCAACUGUUACCUUCGCCUCCAACGGGUGAAAAAAGUAACUUUAAACCAAAUGUGACAAAGCUACAAAAUCACGUUCAUAAUGAGAUUGCAAGCUAACAUGGUUCGCUUAGAGUUUUAGUACAGUUUCCUGUUUUUUAUCUAUAUUAUCAUAAAGCUUGCCCCAAGAUUACUCCACCCAAAUAUAGGUUAUGUAAAACAUAAUAUAAACAAAUAAGUUGGUAUGUUAAAAGUUUAAUAUAAUAUUUAUUGGAAGUUUUUCUGGCGUUUUAUGCAUGUCCUCUUAAAUUUUGUCUAAAGACAUAUUGAAUUGCCUUAUCUUUAAAGGGUUGUAAAAAAUUCUUAUCGGUGCCAGGUUUUUUUGAAAGCUGAGAAGUUUAUUUAAUUUUUGUAUAUAUUGUCGAUAGGUAUCUAUUAUUUGAUGUUAUAAAUGUUAAUAUAUUUUUAAAAGGAAA